AUGGGAAUCACUACAACAAAGGAGGAAGAAAAAUCUGUAAAAUAUGGAAUGGACUAUUUGGAAUUGAUAGAAACAAGUACCUGGGUGCCAUCCAGCAACGGCAAAACACAAGGUGCUGGAAUUCUGACUGAUCCCAGGAACAUUGUGUUAAAAGAAAAGCACUGCUGCAGGAGACAGCCUCAUUAUGUCUUCAUAGGGAAAGAUAUCUCCAGCAGCCCUGUUAGUGUGGACAUUGGGAAAUGUCAUUUUCAUUGUGGCAAUCCCCAGAGAUCGGCAAACUACAACUCUGAAUUCCUGGGAUUCCCUAAACAUCUCUCAGUGCUGGAACAACUCCAAACUAGCAAGAAGCAGAUGGAGCACACAUUGGAACAGGCUAGGAUGCCAAUGGGGUCAUCGUGCCCACGUGAUUCUUUGUGUGAGCCAGUGCGGAUGAGGGUUGAGCGAUUUUUGCUGUUUGAUGGAGCCCGAGAGCUGGAGGUGAUUGAGGAGUGUCAAUGCAAUGCAAGGCCUACAGCAUGUGUUCGAUCGCUUCUUCUGAAAACAUACUCACCUGACAGUCCACUGGAGGUCACUGUAGAUGUGGGCAGGUGUUCCAACCCAACAGCUCCAGGUGGCUUGGGAUGUGUACCCACCAAAUUUGAAUCAAUUGCGUUGGAGAGUCCAAAUGGAUUGGAGCUUAUUCAAACUGUGGAAUUAUGUGAGAUGAGAGAGAACUGUUACAGACUGCCCCAUGUGGAUUAUUACUAUGUGAUCACCACUAACUCCAGCGGUGAGAAGGAAGAGAGGCUCAAGGAAAUCGAUGUUGGCAGAUGUUUGGGAGUGUGUACUGCAGGAAGUGGCUAUCUCUUAAGGGAUACUCGGAGCAAGGACCAGUGCGUGGUUUGUGAAGAUGGCUCAUCAAAUGGUUGCUUCCCUCAAGAAUAUGAAACUCAUACAUUUAUGAGCAGACGUGGAAAGAUCAGGACUGUCUAUGCCAUCAAAUCCUGCAAGUGCCAUGGGUCAAGCUUAUAGUGAACACAGGGAAAUGGAGGAUUACAUCAACACAAUGACAAAUAUGGGAAAGUGCUGCUGUAUGGCAGAUGUCUAGUUUCACAUCCAGAGUGCCAGGAAAAGUAAAUGUCACCACAUUCCUAAAUAACACUCUGCUGUCUUGCCUAAUGUUUUACUUUAAUGUAAGUUGUGCGUUUCUUUUUUCCCAGGCACUGGAUACCGACACCAUUACCUCUCCGAUUGACCAUUUUUGAUUUAUGCAAACCUGUAUCCAAUCAUAAGCCCACUUGAUGCCUUUACUUAACAGUGUGGUUAAGGAGCAGUAAUUCCUGGCUAAGUUCUUAGCACCAUAGUCAGGGCACAAGGAUCAGUUAAUAAAUAUUGGCAGCUCAGCACAUACUAGGUAUUGAGCCUGGGACCUGAUCACAAGUCACA